CCCACUUCAGUUACGACAAUUGUACCCAAGGUAACUCUAUCUUAUCACAUUGCUGAUCAACAAUUAAGAACACCAAAUUAACGUGUGGUUCCAGUACAAGUUGAUACUAUACAAUUGUAUAUCAAGUGUUUGUGAUAAUGAUAUUUUGAUUAUUAUAAGAGAGAACACAGAUAUUAAGAAGGUUUCUAUUAGCAAUGAGAAGUGAAGAGAUUGUGUUGUCCUUCUCCUUUCUUCUUCUCUGGCUGCCGAUAUGCUUCGAAAUAUGUUUGGGUGGAGAUACUCUGAAGGCUAACCAGAACAUAACUCAGGACUCCGAGGGAAACCUUGUUUCAUCCAACGCCACAUUUGAGCUGGGCUUCUUUUCUCCUGCUGAAAAAAGUGGAGGGAAAUAUCUAGGGAUUUGGUAUCACGGCUUGGAACAACAAACAGUGGUGUGGGUUGCCAACAGAGAUGAUCCUGUUGCCGAUUCCAGUGGAGUUUUUCGAAUUGCGGAGGAUGGAAAUCUGGUGGUAGAAGAUGCAUUCAAAAGUCGCUGGUCUUCUAAACUUGAACCAUCCUCGUUCUCAAACAGAACAUUGAAGCUCCUAGAUUCUGGGAAUCUUGUACUAAUAGAGGAUGACUCUGAAACGAGAUACGUGUGGGAAAGCUUCCGAAACCCAACAGACACGUUUCUUCAGGGCAUGAAAAUGGACGCGACUUUAUCGUUGACUUCUUGGAGAGACUCAGCUGACCCAGCAUCUGGGGACUUCACCUUCAAGCUGGAUGAAAGUAGAACCUUGGUGGUGUUAAAACAAUUGCAACUUUACUGGAAGGAGUCACUUGAUGGAUCCAAUACAAGGAUCUAUCAUUUCUUGAACCUGAACACUUCACGGAACAGGAAUUCAAGCAGCUUGUUGUUUCAACCAAAUCAUCUUAAUCACAUUAACGGAACAUCAAGGCUAAUAAUGAAUUCUAGCGGGGAGAUACAGUUUGUGAAGUUGGACGAGGACGAUAGGCAAUGGGAUCAACUGUGGGGGGAACCAUCUAGCGUGUGCGACGUGUAUGACUAUUGCGGGUUCGGCAUAUGUAACGAGAAUAAUUUGAAUUUGGCCAGUUGCAAAUGUUUGCCAGGAUUCAGACCCAAGGACGGAAAAAACCUCGGCGAAGGGUGUGUGAGAAAAUCAACGUCUUGUACUGACAGGAAUGUGACGUUCCUGCACUUAACCAACAUAAAAGUGGGUGACCAUGGCGAAUACCAUGAUUCGGAAACAGAAGCAGAGUGUGAAUCCUUAUGCCGUAACCAUACCUUUAGCAAGUGUCCUCAGACCCAGUGCCAGGCAUAUUCAUAUUCAUAUAGUUCCCGAAGACAGCUUGAUGAAGAUGGUCAUGGUUAUAACUCUACAUGCGAGAUCUGGACGGGAAGUUUAUCCAUUCGUGUAGGUGGUCGUCGCAAUCUUUCUCUCCUUGUUAAGAGAUCAGAUAUAGAAGCAACUGCAAAAUCGUGUAAACCUUGCGGUGUAAACGAGAUUCCUUAUCCGCUAAGCACUGGGCCAAACUGUGGAGACCCCACGUACAACAAGUUCAAUUGCAAUGAAUUGACGGGCGACCUUAGCUUCGUGAUGCCGGGAGGAAAGUCAUAUCAAGUUAAUUCGAUCGAUGAAGAUACCAGAAUAUUUUACAUUAUAACAGAUCAUUCAUAUUUGUGUGGUUCCAAAAAUAAAAAUAACACUGUUGAAUUUCCAUUCAAAGCUGAGUCAGAGUGUUCCAGAAAUGAUGGAAUGGUUAUAAUCAGCUGGGAAGCAGCGCCAGAACCUCCCUGUAAGAAUCCCACAGACUGCGAGAAUUGGCUCCAUUCGACAUGCACUGAAACAAGUAACGGAGAUCGCAGGUGCCAUUGCAAUUCUCACUAUAAGUGGAAUAACUCAAUUAUGAUAUGUGCCCAAGAAAAGCGUUCAACCAACCCACUGGCAAUGACUUUGGUAAUUUUUAGCAGCAUGGUGAUUCUGGGAUGUAUAAUAGCAUUUCUCAUUUUGUGGAGAAAGAGAAAGGCUCAUAAGCGUGAUAGUGCAGAUGAAGCAAGUAGUCGAAUUCAAGAUAGCUUGUACGAGAGUGAAAGACAUGUGAAAGGUUUGAUUGGCUUAGGAAGUUUAGAAGAAAACGACAUUGAAGGCAUUGAAGUGCCCUGUUAUACUUUUGCAAGCAUUCUAGCAGCUACAGAUAAUUUCUCAGAUUCUAACAAGCUUGGAAAAGGAGGUUAUGGACCUGUAUACAAGGGAACGUUUUCUGGAGGUCAUGAUAUAGCCGUAAAGAGACUUUCAAAUGUUUCCACUCAAGGGUUACAAGAAUUCAAAAAUGAGGUUAUUCUGAUUGCCAAACUUCAACACCGGAACCUUGUCAGACUAAGGGGCUAUUGCAUAAAAGGAGAUGAAAAAAUCUUGCUUUAUGAAUACAUGCCAAACAAGAGCUUGGACUCCUUCAUAUUUGACCGAACAAGAACUUUACUUCUAGAUUGGCCAAUGCGAUUCAAGAUAAUUGUAGGCAUUGCGCGAGGCAUGCUCUAUCUUCACCAAGACUCCAGAUUGAGAGUGAUUCAUAGAGAUUUAAAGACUAGCAACAUUCUUCUAGAUGAGGAGAUGAAUCCAAAGAUAUCAGACUUUGGUUUAGCCAAAAUAUUCGGUGGAAAAGAAACUGAAGCAAGUACAGAAAGAGUAGUGGGAACCUAUGGAUAUAUGGCUCCAGAGUAUGCAUUGGAUGGACUUUUCUCAGUCAAAUCUGAUGUUUUCAGCUUUGGAGUAAUAAUUCUAGAGAUCCUCAGUGGAAAAAAGAACACAGGAUUUUAUGAAUCCAAACAAAUUUCUAGCCUUUUGGGUUAUGCAUGGAAGUUGUGGACAGAGAAUAGGCUUCUGGAUUUAAUGGAUUCGUGCAUUGGUGAAACCUGCAACGAAAAUGAAUUCAUUAAGUGUGCAAUUAUUGGGCUAUUAUGCAUUCAAGAUGAACCAAUCGAUCGACCCAGUAUGUCAAAUGUUUUGUUCAUGCUUGACAGAGAUACAAAAACCAUGCCAUUGCCAAUUCCCACACAACCAACAUUUUUUGUGAACAAGCAUUAUUCUAGCUCAGCUUCCUCUUCUAGCAAACCAGAGACAAGUCUGCAAUUUGACACCAGUUAUCAACAAGGUCGAUAGUGCACGAUGGAGCCAACAGUUUUUCCUGCUGUUUUUAUAUAUCAUUUUAAACUGCGAGUUUGAAUGUAUAAAUAUAAAUUUAAACCAUAACUUUUUAUUCUC